CUUAUCUAAACUGCUCGAUCGUGUGAAAUUUCCAAACAUUAGUGUAUCCACCUACCUCCCCAUUACCUACAGAGGCGAGUGAUAAGAUAGUAAUGUAACGAGCUCGGCGCCUCACCGAUCAACAGUGAUAUUUAAACUGUUCGUCUGUGCAUAAGUUUACGGUAACGUUAGCGCGAAUGCACGUUUAACACCACUGUGUGAAAAGACUGUGACCGAGCUUAAAGUUUGACAUCGAAGGUUAACGGAUUACUUAGAAGAAAAUUUUAUUGGAAAAAAACUUGCCGUUCAAUCGUUUAACGAAUAAGUUAUUUGUUGACGAAUUUUGUGAUAUAGAUAAAAUUGUUAUUUACCAAACACACGGUCGCUUCUGCGUGAUAGCCGAAUGUCGUGGAGCGAAGUGACGCAUGGCUAGAUAAAAGUGUCGCCCAGUUAGGAACCGGGCGGCAUGGGUCUGCCGCGUUUCUCUCUGAAGAGAUACUUUGUAUACGUGUUAUGUCUAACGGGUACGUUGGUUGUCCUAUUGAAUCUACUACAGGACGAGAUAUGGCACAGCAUGCGACCACAUCCUGGCCAGCCGCAGUCCGCUCGAACUGCUGGCGACGGGCCGAAGAUGAAACCCGAUUGGCCUUUGAAAUCGAAGAAGCCGACGAUGCGAGUAUUACGCACUCGGGAGCAAAUGAAGAAAAGAUUUCCGUCCGAGACUUCGAAUAUAAAUGGAACCACCAGUAUGAGCGAAAAUUCAAUAGACUUGGAUCCAUCGCGCAGACCUUGGUACAUGAAAGGAGGAACCAGAAGACCCUAUCCGGCUAUGAAAGUCCGCAGUACUGGCCGGAGGUUGGCUCAAUUGUGGCCGGAGGAAAAUGCUUACGAUGAUCGUGUGACCAAUCAGUUAAUGUUCAUGCCACCUGAUUACAACAAAACGGGCGGCGAGCAUCCAUUGAAAAAGAUAAUGAUUCCUCACGGAAUGGCCGAAGCCAAAAUCGGCCCUGACAUUUUCACGCAGCAACGCUGUCCGGUGAAUACCUGCACGAUCGUUCGCGAUAAUCCGGACGAUGCUGAUCUCAUUCUAUUUAAGGAUUACGUCACACACGUGGGGCGAAGACCUUACAAUCAGGCGUGGAUGCUGUAUUUUUUAGAAUGUCCUUAUCACACGCAGAGUGUGAAGAAUGCCCUUAUCAAUUGGACGGCCACAUAUCGACGUGACAGCGACAUAGUGGCGCCCUACGAAAGGUGGCAAUAUUACGAUUCCAGUGUCACACAAAUUUCACAAACGAUUAAUUACGCGGUGAACAAAACGAAGAAGGUCGCUUGGUUCGUUUCCAACUGCCAUCCCCGAAAUCAGCGCAUGCAUUAUGCCAGGGAACUCUCGAAAUAUAUUCAGGUGGACAUUUACGGAGCGUGCGGCAGUCUACGCUGUCCGCGGUCGCAGUCGCAAACGUGCUUUGACAUGCUCGACGAGGACUACAAAUUCUACCUUGCGUUCGAGAACUCCAACUGCAAGGAUUACAUCACGGAAAAGUUCUUCGUCAACGGACUCGGACACAACGUUCUGCCCAUCGUGAUGGGCGCCCAUCCAACGGACUACGCGCGUAGCGCGCCGUACCGUUCCUACAUCCACGUUGACGAAUUCGAAUCGCCGAAGGAGCUUGCCGAGUACCUGCAUCGACUGGAUCAGGACGACGCACUGUACAACUCGUACUUUCGCUGGAAGGGCACCGGCGAGUUUAUCAAUACAUACUUCUGGUGCCGGGUGUGCGCCAUGCUGCACGACAACCGCCCGCCGAAAUACUACAAAGAUGUGAACGAAUGGUGGCGAGGGGAGGGCGUGUGCACGACCAACUCGUGGCGCGAGCACGACUUCUCGCAGAAUCUGCUGAACACCUGAGGAGGAAUCGCCCGAGGAUAUGUUUAAAAGGCUCUUCCGGCGGCUACAGGAAGUUCCGUGCACGCGUGUGUCCGCCCGACACGUUGCUCAAUUUCUACAAAAGAUUCCGAUUCUUCCAAAAUAGAAAAAAAAACAUUGCCUGGAUCGAGAAAUGGCUACGAUUUCGAAGAGCACAUGUAGCGUUCGUGUCUACCGACUUGGCUCGAAGACAGUGGUUGGACAGAUUACGAAGUCCUAAGACGAGAUGACGCCCGACAAAGCGCAAAAAAAGUACGCGAUCUCGCGCACUCGAGCCACCUUGAAGAAGGUUCAGACUUUCGUGAAAUUUUAUUCGUUGCUUUCAGAGGCAAUUGAAAGUACGGCUCGGUGAUGCGAAACUCUGCGCUCUUGCGUAAAUGCAUGACAAGCGGAAUAAAGUAGGUUUUGGUCUAAUCGAGACGCAGAAGCGGAUAGAUGGAGAGACAGAAAUUCUUCAAGACACAAAUGAAUGUUGGAUCGCAUGCGAAAAGGGUUACGUGUAUAUUUUUUAAAAGAGGGCAAUUUGUGUGCCUAAUUGUCAAAUCUUCCAAAACAAUGUUUCUAUAUUUUACUUUUUCGAACGAGUAACGUAAGACGAGAAGUGAAGAUAGCCGUGGCAGGCUUCUGAAAUCACACUUUAUAUCAUGACGAAAUUUAUUUGAGGACAAAAAAAUUGUAAUCUUGAUAAAAAUUUGGGAAAACUGUAGACGCCUGUAGGACGUCGUGAAGUAAAGUAAUGUAUCGUGAAAAUGGUGUGUAACAUGCAUUUGUUUAGGAUACUCAAUUCUUGCCAUGCAUUUAGUAUUGAAUUGUCCAAGUUUCGUUUAUUCUAUAAGGAAUAAUGUAAAGAAUGUAUUCAUGCAUGUAACAUGCACUUGAGAUGAUAGACAUUUAUUGUUAAAUGUGCAAUGCGGAAAUGAAUUAGAAUGCAUACGGAAUGACUGGGAACCAUCGAGAGGAUCUUCCAAUUGUACAUAUAUACACAAAGGACCAAAAUCAAGAAAGAUAAUUUGUUUAAAUUACAAGGCAUUAUGAAAAUGUUAAUCUGCAAUGAAAAUGGAAGAAGUCUAAUGAAAUAAGUCUUGACGUAGAUAGAUAAUAAAAUCGUAUUUAUAACUUGACAAAAUCGUAUUUUUUAAAUUUAUUUUUCUUACUAGAUUUUAUUCUGACCAAAUCAAAAGUUACGACUUAAUUGUAUAAGUUACACCAAGUUUACACCAACGUGUUUAAUGUUAAAAAAAAAUUUGCAAAGAAAUGCAGAUUUUCUAUAAAAUUUUUGCGGCAUAAGUAAAUUUCAUCAUAAAAGUUUAUAAAUUGGAAGAACUAUCGAUGGAUCUAAGACAUAUUGUAUAAAAGUAUUGUAAUUUGAUAAGUAAAAAAGAAAGUAAGCAGUUCAAUAUUCGCGUGUGACUUAAACAGUGGCGACUACAUUCAAAUGCAAAUCAUAUGUCAGUGGUUUUGUAAAGUCUCCAAAUUUAUGAAUUGAGAAAAGAAAGAGAAUAGUCACUGCUUUUUGUAGAGAAUGAGAAUUACUAUUCAGUAUUUGUAAUAUUAUUGUUCCUUCUUGUAAGUUCUGCGACAGGACUUUAUUGUUGUACAUUGUAGGUGGAACAAAUUCAUGUGUAUUCAAAUUACGUUAUGCGUAAAAGAUCCACUAAAGUUUAUUUUUCUAAUUAUAUAUUUUCUACUCACGUAUACACAUUUUUGUGAAAUUAUCGGGAAAUGCAGGAUUUUUAAACGAAUUAAUUAGGAUAUGAAUGACAUUUAAUAAUUUUCAUAAGAUUAAUAUUUUUAUUAAAAAAUGUACGUUAUUUAUUUUACGAAAUAAAAUGCAUUUAUUUGCAUUGUUAUGUAGCAUUUAUCAAUACAAAUAAUGUUAUUCGUGAAAAGUUUAACUGAAUUUAUGAAAUAUUUAAGUUUCUCUUUUAAACUUGAGUGCACAUGAAUUUUGAUCUUUAAUAAGUCAUUUUAUCGAAGUUUUUCGAGGUUCGCAGGAUCUAGUCAAAGGAAUAAGCUCAUUAAAGUAUUUUUGAAUAAUUUAUGAUAAUAGUAUUGUACGCAGCGAGUACCUGUUCGAAUAAUUACUGCUAUAUAUUUUUUUUGGAUUCAAUUAAUCUUCAAUUAAAUAAGUUGUCUGCGAGACGUUGUCACAUGAUGUAAUCGUAUUCACUCCGUGGCUAGUGUCAAUUCGAAAACAACGACUUCCGCUUUGAACACUAGUCUAGCUCAAAUGUAGCUCAAAUUUGGACGAAGUUGGUCCAAAGGAAAGACAAAAGCACCAGAGAAACACAAGCGGAGCGCAAAAUAUAUAUAAAACGCACGAAAUGUACACGUAAAAUCACAACUGAAUCACCUCGAAGUAGAUUUAACUACUGCUUUCGAACGGUUCCUACAUUAUAAAUUACUCACAGUGCGCACAAGCAGCAAUUAGAUAUUUAGAUAAAUAAUUAAUUAAAUAACUAGUCGAAUAACUAUAAAAAUUGAUACUAAAAAGACGUGCAUACUUUGAAUAUAUUGAAUAAUUGUUUUCUUUUUAUAGUAUCGAAAUAAUAGAUAUUUAUAGAUAUGUUUCGUUUUUUAAUAGUUAUUAUUUUUAGGUUU